AUGGACUCUGCCGCCAAGUUCCCGCCCAGGUGGGUAGAUAUCUACAAUGAAGUUGUGGAGAUGCGGGCCAAAAUCACUGCUCCGGUCGAUCUCAUGGGCUGUGAACGUAUACCUGAUGGAAUGACUCCUAAAUUGCUGGUCAACGAUCCCCGGACCUUCAGGUUCCAGUUGCUCAUUCUGUUGAUGUUGUCGUCCCAGACCAAAGACGAGGUUCUCGAUGAUGCGAUGCGCAAGCUUAAUAACGGCUUGAAACUGCGGGGGUUUCAACAGGGACUCAGCUUGGAGUCGGUGAUGACCCUCUCCGACAAGGAACUCGACGGGUAUAUUGGCAAGGUUGGGUUUCACAAUCGUAAGACGGUUUACAUCAAAAAUGCAUGUAUUAUGCUUCAGGAACAAUUUGGAGGUGACAUUCCCAACACCAUUGAACAGAUUGUCAAACUUCCAGGGGUGGGGCCGAAAAUGGGGUACCUUCUUCUCCAGCGGGGCUGGAACAUCAGCACCGGUAUCGGGGUAGACGUCCACCUUCAUCGCCUUGCAAUGAUGUGGGGAUGGUCUAAGAAGACCACCAAUCCAGAUAUGACCAGAAAAUAUUUAGAGGAAUGGCUUCCUCGGAAGUUCUGGGCCGAGAUCAACCCGUUGCUCGUGGGAUUCGGCCAGGUUAUCUGUACACCACAGUUUCAAAAUUGUGAUGUUUGCAGUCUUGCAACCAAAAGUUUGUGUAAGUCUGUGAACCGUAAGCUUGUGAACAAGGGCUUAACAGAAGAGAGGUUGGAGAAGUUGAAGAAGGGCAGAGGAGACUUGGCCCAGUUGUUGGUGAGCAUGGGCACGUGACGUGGGAGCACCGUGAUAGUCCAGAACCAGUCCUGUGACAACUAUUGCUGAUGUGGCUCGUUGGUGUUGAUGUUUGGCUGCCAAAACGGGGACCGGUGUGCGUGCGCGUACCAUACGUAUCAUCAACAUUAAGGUGAAAUGGUAAAAAAACUGUAAAUACAUAUCCAACAUCCACUAAUCAUAAUACUCCCCUUUG